AUGUUGUGGGUAGACAAGUAUCGUCCCAAAACCCUAGACCAUGUUAUGGUUCACAAUGAUACCGCUCAAAAUCUCAAGAAAUUGGUUUCGGAACAUGAUUGUCCCCAUUUGCUGUUCUAUGGUCCAUCAGGUUCUGGCAAGAAAACCCUAAUCAUGGCUCUUCUCCGUCAAAUGUUUGGACCCGGUGCAGAAAAGGUGAAGGUCGAAAAUAGGGCAUGGAAAGUGGAUGCUGGGAGUAGAUCUAUUGAUUUAGAGCUGACAACAUUAUCAAGUGCCAAUCAUAUCGAAAUGACUCCAAGUGAUGCAGGCUUUCAGGACAGAUACAUUGUGCAGGAAAUAAUCAAAGAAAUGGCCAAAAAUAGACCCAUUGAUACUAAAGGGAAGAAAGGAUUUAAAGUGCUUAUCCUUAAUGAUGUGGACAAACUCUCUAGAGAAGCCCAGCAUUCUCUCCGCAGAACGAUGGAGAAAUAUAGCGCUUAUUGCAGAUUGAUUUUAUGUUGCAAUAGUUCUUCAAGAGUCACAGAAGCCAUCCGCUCCCGUUGUCUUAACGUGCGAGUAAAUGCACCAAGUGAAGAACAGAUUGUUGAAGUUUUACAGUUCAUUGGUAAGAAAGAAGGGCUUCAACUUCCUUCUAGUUUUGCUGCUCGCAUAGCAGAGAAAUCAAAUCGGAAUUUGAGGAGGGCCAUAUUAUCAUUUGAGGCUUGCCGUGUCCAACAGUAUCCUUUCACUGACAAACAAACAAUUUCCCAGAUGGACUGGGAGGAAUAUAUUUCAGAAAUUGCAUCUGACAUAAUGAAGGAACAGAGCCCUAAAAGGUUGUUUCAAGUUCGAGGAAAACUGUAUGAGCUUCUAAUCAAUUGCAUUCCUCCCGAAAUCAUUUUGAAGAGGCUACUUUAUGAGCUAUUGAGAAAACUGGAUGCAGAACUGAAGCAUGAAGUCUGCCAUUGGGCAGCAUAUUAUGAACAUCGGAUGCGCCUUGGACAGAAGGCCAUUUUUCACAUCGAAGCAUUUGUGGCCAAGUUCAUGAGCAUCUAUAAAUCCUUCCUCAUCGCAACAUUUGGUUGA